GCCUUUGCCAGUCUCCUCUCGUGUCUGCUUUGUUAAGUUCCAUGAUCCAGACUCGGCAGUUGUGGCACAGCAUCUGACAAACACUGUGUUCGUUGACAGAGCUUUGAUAGUCGUACCGUAUGCUGAAGGUUUGUGCUUUGUUUCACUACCUAUGUGGGCACCCCUGCCUGGCCAUCGGCCACAGUGUAGGUGUAGAGUAAGCAUCACUAGCUUGUGAGACUCUGAGUAUUAAUUUGAAACCCUUGUUAUACUGCCCUCCAUAAUUCUUACUUGGAGAUUUUUUUCUUACUCUAAAACUUAGAGAAUAAGGUCUGUUUUAUAAUGUAAUUAGCUUUUUGCUAUCUUUCAAAUGGUCUUAAGUUUAUUAAAACAGAAUUCCUAAUUGAAACUCUGAGAUAUAUUAAUGUUAAGAAGUCCCAAAGGUAAAGAAUCAUACCAUGUCAUUCUCACACAGAAAUCUUCAAAUAAAUGCAUGAUGCUUUUGUUCUAAAUCAAUAGCUAAGUCAGUUUUAUUUCCUUGAUUCUCUCACUCGCUCCUAACUUAAAACAAAACCCCCACACUGAAUUCCAGUAUACCAAGGGUUACAAUAAUUUUAGUUUUUCAAAAGUUUAAGAUUUCCUAUAGUUUAGGUGCCAGAUGGGCACUGGGUGUUUGUUUUUAUGCCAGAUUUUCUUGUUCUUGUUAUAUUUUCUAGAAUAUCUCAAAAUAAUGAACUCUUCUCUCUGUUGUGUGUGUGACUUUUGUAGUGGAGAAGGCACAUGCAAACCUCCCAGAUGGCUGGACACAGUGGGUGCUCUGCAGCUGCAGGCUCUAGACUCUAACUAAACCAGCGAGCACUCGAGCCCCCAAGUGUUCUCCUGCUGUCACCAUUUGUUAACUGCAUUUUCUCUCUUUUUACGUUUUAGGCUGUUAAAGUAAUUUGACAGAAAAAAAAAUGAGCAGGUUUUUGGAUCUAAAAAAGCCGCUGUGACAGGACAGCACAAUUUUAAUGCCACUUUGUAAAACUUUUCUAAGGCAUAUUUUACACUUAGUUUGUUCCCAGUGAACUGCUGUUUGGUUUGCUUUUGGUAACUAUAUAUAUAUAUAUCUAUUGGUAAAAUCAUUGCCAUGAUAUACUUACUGAAUUCUAACAUAAUAGCUUAAUAAACUGUCCAGGAUCUACAUGCUUUUCCCUUCAUUUAAUAAACUGGUCAGUGGAAGCAGUAUCUUGUAAUUGUUGCUUUUUAGAUGCUUCUAAGAUAAUUGAAGACAAAUGUGAAGAUUUGCCAUCAUAACUUUGUGAAAGUUGUGAAAUGUCUAAUCAUAGAGAAUUGCCUCGUCUUUUAUAAAGAACUUAUAUUCAGAGAUGAGUUACGGCAUGCUAUUUUGGUAACAUUAUAUCUAUCUCCAAGGUAUUAACAUAUAUGAGAUGUGAGGCUAGUUCAAUGUUUCUAUGAAAGAAAAGACAGAAGCUGAUUUAGUAUGUUUUGGAUAAGCAAUUCCUUUUAUUUCAGUGUGCUUUUUAUAAGAUAAGACUUAACCACCACCUUAAAUCAACAGAGAACUUACAGAACUCAAUUCAGGAUGAGUAAAGUAGACAGUAGGUCUUGAAACGGUCAUGCCAUGUGAGUAAUGUGCAGAGUGCUUCAGUUAGCUGUAAAUGUUAUGAGCCUGGGAUGGAAUAUCGUAUGUCAUAUAAUUGGGGUUUUAUGACUAAAUAUUUUAAGCCAUAGUAAUUUUUGUAGAUGUGUUUUUGAAAGUGAAGUUUUGGGGAGUGUAUAUAGAGCUAUAGAAAUAUUUAGUUCAGAAAUCUGAUUUUGCUGCUUUUAAUUUGUGGUAUGAUGUGCUGUAUUAAUGUUACCUCCACAAGUAAACUGAUGUGUUCGAUCCCUUUGUCGCCAUUCACUCUGGUUUUAGCCUUAACACUUUGGUGUUGGCUCUUGGUCAGUGUGUUAGAGCAAUAGACCAAAAGUAUACGGUAAGAAUAGUCUUACUUAGUAAAAUGUAGAGAUAGCUGGAUGUGGAAGGUGCUCUUAGUAGUAAUGGAUUUGGGGGCAUCUAGGUUCCUUGGUUAAUGUUUGUUUCUUUUGUCUGUUUCUUUUUCUUUCAUUUCUACACAUUCAUGCAGUAUUUCAUGGUUCUAUCAAAGCAGCAGUAAAAAAAAUACUCUUGACGCAUGAAAAUUAACUGUUCUUUUCCCUGGUUCAGCCUGAACUAUAUACCAGGCCCUGCUGAAAAUACCACCCAACAGUUUUCUUCUGCAGCUUAUCCAGUUUCUCUUAAGUGCCCUGUACAUAUUGUAUGUUUUAUGAUGAGAUGCAGUUUCUUAAUAUGUAUUACAGAAAUACUACUGGUAUUUGCAAAUAUUUAGUUUAAUUGUAUUAUUGAACUCUCAUUUUGGGGGCUUGGGCACAUUAACAGAUUAAUCCAUCUGUAUAGGGCUUUUGCUGUUGGAUAGAAUUUAAAUUGUCUACAUAAUUGUCUUAGGACCUUUAGAUUUUAUCUGAAUACACAGAUUAGGCUUUAAAAGCAGGCAUACAUGUGGUUUUGGGCUUAAGGAGUUUUGGACAAGUGAGAUAUUGAACUGACACUACAUAGCAACAUUUUUUGAUAUGGUUAGCAUGGCACAUAUUGGAACCUAGAGCAUUUUACUGUACAGGUAAGGAAUGUGCCAUGUUUUACCUAUUCUCUCUCUUUCUCUCUCUCUCUACCUCCCUCACUCCCCCCUCUUCCCCAAACUCUCCCUACACACAUUUCCCCUGUGUAUUCAGAGACCUUCAGAAACAUUCAUAGUCAUGUCAUGAGUCAGCAAAAGCCCUACUCUUGAUUCCAACGUAAUAUUUCCUUUACAUACUUUCCUUCUUUUAAUUUUUACAAAAUUUGUAUGGUAGGUGUAAAGAAAAUCAUAGUGACUGUACCAUAUUAUUAACCCCUAAAUCAAACUUUUUUUGUCUUGUGUAUCUUGAUUUUUCUGUGUGCUUUAUAGUGAAGCAGCCGACACGAGUCGUUGUUCAUAAAACAGCUUUUGAAAGUUGAGAGCACACCCCUGGAGAACCGACUGUGCUUGCUUACGUUUGGUUCAUGACUUAAAAAUCGAGUACAGGAGUUAUUCCUGAUGAGACUAAGGCUUUGUCUCUAUUGGCACCCGCUAAUGCAGUGGCAGGUCUUCUGCCUGGUGGUGGACUCCUGCCUACCCCCAACCCACUUACCCAGAUUGGCGCUGUUCCCCUGGCUGCAUUGGGAGCUCCAGCUCUUGAUCCUGCCCUUGCUGCUCUUGGGCUUCCAGGAACAAACUUGAACUCUCAGUCUCUUGCUGCAGACCAGCUGUUGAAGCUUAUGAGUACUGUUGAUCCCAAAUUGAAUCAUGUAGCUGCUGGUCUUGUUUCACCAAGUCUGAAGUCAGACACCUCUAGUAAAGAAAUAGAGGAAGCCAUGAAGCGGGUGCGUGAGGCCCAGUCCCUGAUUUCUGCCGCUAUUGAGCCAGACAAGAAGGAAGAGAAGAGAAGACAUUCGAGAUCAAGGUCACGCUCAAGAAGGAGGAGGACCCCUUCGUCGUCCAGACACAGGCGGUCACGAAGCCGGUCAAGGAGGCGAUCACACUCUAAGUCCAGAAGUAGAAGGAGAUCCAAAAGUCCAAGACGGAGACGAUCUCAUUCCAGAGAGAGGGGUAGAAGGUCAAGGAGCACGUCCAAAGCCAGAGACAAAAAGAAAGAAGAUAAAGAAAAGAAACGUUCCAAAACCCCACCAAAAAGCUACAGUACAGCCAGACGUUCUCGGAGUGCAAGCAGGGAGAGACGUCGGCGGCGAAGCAGGAGUGGUACAAGGUCUCCUAAAAAGCCCAGGUCUCCUAAAAGAAAGCUGUCCCGUUCACCAUCCCCACGGAGACAUAAAAAAGAGAAGAAGAAAGAUAAGGACAAAGAAAGAAGCAGAGAUGAAAGGGAACGAUCAACAAGUAAAAAGAAGAGGAGCAAAGACAAGGAGAAGGAGCGGGAAAGGAAGUCUGAGAGCGACAAAGACAUCAAACAGGUGACACGGGAUUAUGAUGAAGAGGAGCAGGGCUAUGACAGCGAGAAGGAGAAGAAGGAGGAGAAGAGACCAACAGAAGCAAUGUCCCCUAAAACCAAGGAGUGCUCUGUGGAGAAGGGGGUGGCUGACCUGCGAGAGUCCAAAGUGAACGGGGAUGAUCACCACGAAGAAGACAUGGAUAUGAGUGACUGAGCCCCUGAAGCUGGCUGCAGACGGGCCUCGGUAUCAUUCCUCAUGAUACCUAAUGCUGUGUGUGUUCAUCUCACCUAGGUGUAUACAGCUGCACAUUACCAAUGGCUGCAGAACACCCAAUUGUGAUCUCUAGUUCUUUACAACAAAAGCUUUUAGAAAGUGGUACCUGGGUGACCAGCACUGCCAUGGUGAUAAUCCAUUUGCGUGACCAAGCAGCUGUGCAACUGCUGCUUCCAACACAAAUGAACAGCUGCAUGCAUCUCCAGCAGGCAUGGAUUUGUCUCUGUCGUAUGAUCCUCAGUGCGUUCACUUAGAGUAUUUCUAGAGUUUGAGUCCUUGCCGUGAUAGAGCCAUGUAGGGAAUGCACUGAUUGCAUGUUACCCCAAAUGUCAUGAAACCCUCCAACAUGGGGACCCACUUAAUGGUCUUACUUGUUGACAUGACAAAUUAACAUUCUUAGAGUUACAUCUGGAAACAAGCAUUUGUGAUAGAUAAGCCUUUUGAAAAGCCUUGUGGCUAAAUUUUUGUGGCUUUGUUUAACUUUCAAAGGUUAUAUAUGCACUAACCUUUUUUUGAUGGCUAAGUAGGCUUUAAAUUACAGAAAAAAAAUUUCAAAUAAAACUGGCUGUAAAAUAUGAUGUUUUGAAUUAGAGUUGUUCACAUUUUCAUAGCUACUUUUGUUCCCAAUAAUUUAUUUCACAUCUCUACCAGUGAAUACAACCUGCUUAUCUAGCCCAUCACUAGAAGAAAAUGACCUCGUCCUGAUUUUCAUUUUUCAACUUUUUUUAGUUUUAAAGCUUACUGUUUGAACAAAAAGAGGUGGUGGUGCAUUUGAAAUUGACCUUAAUGUGCUUUUAAAAUAUGACAAAUCUUGAUAAUGUACUAUUUGAUCUCAAGUUGUACAAAACCAAUAAAUUUGUGUUACUUUGAUUGCAGUAGUAUCUUAUGCAGUGAUUCCAUGUUAUAUGCAGACUAGGUAACUGUUUUCUUAGUUACAGAAGUUAAAAGCUUCACUUUUGUGCAGUAAAAAACAAAAGUAGGCUACCGUCUGUGCCAUGUUGAUGUACAGUUUCUGAAAUUGUUUUACAGGACUUUGAUAAUAAAACCCUUAAACUCACAAGUCACGCUCCUGUAGAACUGCAUUGUGUUUAUUCACACGUUGAAUGUACGGCAUUACUUCAUCAGUCUUCAGACCAGUUUCUUCCCUUCUGCAUGUUCAAGCACAGUAGCUAAAUGGAGUACACCACCUCAGGGUAGAUGCCCGCAAAAUUGUCAACAAAAACCUUCUAAAUUAUGGCUUGUGUUUUGGAUGUAGGACUGGGGUCGUGCAAGUGUCUUGGGGAUAAAUAUGAUCUCACCUAUACCUAGUAAAUUUAUAUUUUCAUUGAAAUUACAGAAAUUUGCCUUUUCUGAAAUAGUAUGGAAGUUGUUGAUCGAAUGUUUGUAUUGUAUUGCCAAACUAGAUAAUGGCUAGUGUUGGGUGGCUGAGAGAGAGAUUGAGACUGGGAUUUGUAGUGUUCAAGUUUUGAAUAUAAAUUAUUAAAUAAAUUGAAUGCUCUAUAGAAAUGCAGCAUUUGUACAGUUUGUAGUUGAGUAACUUUUUAAGAAAGAUUUUAUGAACCGGAAUUUGGUCUGUGACAAAUACAUCAAAUUCCAUUCGUGAUCUGAAUAGCCACUACAUUUUUAAAACAAAGCUGAAUGUAGCUGACAUAUGCUUAAAACUUUAGCUGAUAAAAGGAAGGACCAUGUGGUGGCAUGACCACCGGUCUGGAAGAAACAAGUAAAAUACUGGCAGUUCCCAGAGCAAAUCAAUAUCCAAAGUUCAUUCCGUUGCCUGUGACCUCUUAAUGCAGACAUUCACUUUUCUACAGCUUCAGUUUAAAGCUAGUGCCAGUGACUUAAGAUGUCACCAGAAGGCAGCUUUAUUUAGGACACUUCUCGGUUGGUGCUGCUGCUCUGGCAGUUCAUGCCUCUUAGCUGACGAACAGUUGGACCCAAGUGGACACUGCCACCACAUUGAGUUCUCU